AUGGGAAUUCCAAGAUCGAGAUUUUCCCGUUUAAGUGACUUGAAUUCAGAUCCCACAAUCGACGAUGGGGCUACCUCAUUAGACGUACCAAUUGAACGUAUUAUAAAACAUAAAGAACAUAACAAACGUGCUUUAAUCAACGACAUCGCAUUAGUGGUAUUGAAAAAUAAUAUACAUUUUACUAAAUUAAUUCAACCAAUAUAUUUGCCUUUAUCACAAGAUACGAAAAUUAUCGAUAUAGCAAGUAACUUACCAUUUACUGUUGGAUGGGGAAAAACAGAAUUGGAAGAAGUCCAAGUUCUAAUAAUGAGUACAAGGGAAUGUGCAAAAUUAUAUUCAAAGGCAUCUCGAGCAGUAAUCGACGACAGAGUAAUAUAUGUGCUGGAGAAAAAGGAAAAGACACAUAUCAAGUAUUUAGUAAUUAGUUUAUUUUGA